CCUCUGUAUUUCUUGGUACUUCUGAUUCCUGAUUCCUGACUGUUCCAACUCUCGUCCAUCCUUGGUUUUGGUACUCCCCUCUUUAUCCAUCCUGGCAUCUUGUGUUUCGUUGAAGUGAACGCUGGCUGGCACACUUUUAUCUUUAUCUUUAUCUGAGACAAGUUCAACCUUUGGGGAGUCUAUCUAUCUGCGACAUUGUCUUGUUCUAAUCAAACCUGUUCUUGUCAGGUUUAUUGUCUGUUCUCGGCGACUUUACUAUUGAGGGAUCACGCUCUCGUUCUUCUACGUUUGAUUGAUCUCUUCCUUUACUACAUUGGAUCGUUUGGACCUAAGAAGACAGGGAAAGAAGAGAAAGAAAAGAGAAGAAAAAGAAUAGAAAGAGAAAGAAACCAAAAAAAGAAAAGGAUAAGAAAAAAACAAGCAAAGGAGGCCUGGACAAGAUGACCACGCCGACCUUGAUCAAUCUCCCCCCUCCGCCCUCCGACCCGGUCACCCCGUCGGAGAUGGGCCCGGGCACCCCCAACUCAGGCACCACAUCGCUGUCAGCCCUCUCAACAACAGCCAUCAAAGACGGCCACCAGGGCCAGCCCCUGCCACACAGUCACCACGCCCACCAUUCUCCCUCCACAUCGGCUACAUCGACCACCACCCUCGAGGCCGAACGCGCCGAUCGCAUCUCCCGCCUAGCGGGCCUCGAACGGGUAGCCACGGCGCGAGCGGGAGGCCAUACCUCCCCCAAUCUCGCUGCUCCCGCUGCCCCCAUCCCCAGCUACUUCGAGACCAUGAAAGAGCGCAGCACCGUCGGCAGCGCCAGCGCGACGGGCAGUGUCGGCGCGCGCACCACCUGGGCCAGCGGCAGCGACGCCUUCGACGCCGAUAAGAUGAGCGAAGACCCAGACCCGGAAGACGGCGCCGGCUCUAGCGGGGAUAACCUCAGCGAUGAAGGAAACGCUAGUCUGGUCGGCUUCGGCGAGGGCGCUAGCACUAUCAGCGGUCCUAUCUCCCACCCGCAGCCCCGACGAUCUUCCGGCGGGAGGCCUGGUUCUCUCGGGAGUCCUGGGCUUAGUCGGACGAAUCCUGGUAUUAUUCCGUCUACGCUGUCUCCUACGGGGUCUAUUACGCCUGAGCCGCUGCAGGAUGCGCGUAUGGUGGAUGGAAUGACUUUUGAUCCGGAUGUGGUGGAUACUACGGUUCGGACGCCUCGGUUGGCGACGCCGCUUGGUCGGGAUGGCUCGGUGGGGCCGGAGACGCAGUAGACGAUUGCCAACAACGCUGGGAAAGGUCAACGUUGAGAUGGAUUGGAAAAAUAGCUAGCAAAGAAGAAAGAAAGAAACUGUUCGAUUGGAUGGGAUGGAUUGUGGAUUGACUUGAUUGUUGUAUUUGUAUGAGGAGACCUCAUUGACUGACGGACUGAGUGACUCUAUGGAUUGG